GAGGCUCGCCAUAUUGUGCGGCGGCACCGGCGGUUGAUCCUCGAGUCUCGCUCCGGCCGCGGCCAGCGCAGCCCCGGACUGGGGCAGGAGCCGAGAUGUCUCAGGCUGUGCAGACAAAUGGAACUCAACCAUUAAGCAAGACAUGGGAGCUCAGUUUGUACGAAUUACAACGGACACCUCAGGAGGCAAUAACAGAUGGCUUGGAAAUCGUGGUUUCACCUAGAAGUCUUCACAGUGAGUUGAUGUGCCCAAUUUGUUUGGAUAUGUUGAAGAACACCAUGACCACAAAGGAGUGCUUACAUCGCUUUUGUGCGGAUUGCAUUAUCACGGCCCUCAGAAGUGGCAACAAAGAAUGCCCUACCUGUCGGAAAAAACUGGUUUCUAAAAGAUCACUAAGGCCAGAUCCAAAUUUUGAUGCACUCAUCAGCAAGAUUUAUCCGAGCCGUGAUGAGUAUGAAGCUCAUCAAGAGAGAGUAUUAGCUAGGAUCAACAAGCACAACAAUCAGCAGGCCCUCAGCCACAGCAUUGAGGAGGGGCUGAAGAUACAGGCCAUGAACAGAUUACAGCGAGGCAAAAAGCAGCAGAUUGAAAAUGGCAGCGGAGCAGAAGAUAAUGGUGACAGUUCCCAUUGCAGUAAUGCGUCCACACACAGCAAUCAGGAAGCCGGCCCCAGUAACAAACGGACCAAGACCUCAGAUGACUCUGGGCUUGAACUCGACAACAACAAUGCAGCAGUGGCAAUCGAUCCAGUGAUGGAUGGUGCCAGUGAGAUUGAGUUGGUAUUCAGGCCCCACCCAACUCUUAUGGAGAAGGACGACAGCGCACAGACCAGAUACAUAAAGACUUCAGGCAAUGCCACUGUUGAUCACUUAUCCAAGUACCUGGCCGUGAGGUUAGCUUUAGAAGAGCUUCGAAGCAAAGGAGAGUCAAACCAGAUGAACCUGGAUACAGCCAGUGAAAAGCAGUACACCAUUUACAUAGCUACAGCCAGUGGCCAGUUCACUGUUUUAAAUGGCUCGUUUUCUUUGGAGUUGGUCAGUGAGAAGUACUGGAAAGUGAACAAGCCCAUGGAGCUUUACUAUGCACCCACCAAGGAGCACAAGUGAGCCUUAAGCACCAAUUCCGAGACUGCACUUUUUAUAGUCUAUUCCUUUAAUAUUAAAGACGUACCAUCGUUACUUUUAUGGACAGAUCUGGGAUAUGUUCAGUUUUCUUUCUGAGCCAGACUUGUUUACACUAUUAGAUUAAUGUCUCCUUAAUUUAAAGACAGUACUUUUUGGAAGGGACUCUAGUUACUCAGUACUCCGCACUCUCUUAACCGUGUACCUAAGUUAUAUGCUUAUAGAAAAUAAACGUGGCUCCUUUAGGGAGGACACCUCGACCUAGGAGGUUUUCACAGUUCUGUAUUCUUUGCUUUUUCCUUCCAGUUUUUGAUCUUUAAGACAGGGUCUCAUUUUAAAGCCCUGGCUAGCCUGGACCUUACUGAGCAGCACAGGCUGGCCUUCACUGUGCAGUCAUACUCCUGCCCAAGUACUGGGAGUCUACGUGGCUUACAGUUCAGUUGGCCAUCAGCCAUCUUCCCCCUUUCAAAAGGUUUUAGCUUAAAGAAUGUUAGACAAUAUGUAUUCUGACUUUUUUCCCUUGGAGUCUUGUAUAUUUAUAGUUUUCUAUACAAACUGUAGUAUCUUCAUGAAGACCAAGGCUCAAAUUUACUGUGCUUAAAACAAUUCUCAUAGGAUUAUUAUUUUCAUGGUAUUUUCUUACAUAAUAUCUCAUUUAAAAGGAAGUUCUUUAUGAACUUGGUGUCCAUUGUCAUGCAAUGUUUUGUUUUUGUCAUGUGUUUUCACUGUAAGUUUAGAAUUUCUGGUCAUUGGGGAAGAGUUGAACAAAGUUCUUUGAGAACAUGGUUCAUUUACAGAUUUCACUGAAGAAAGAAAAGUUUAAGUUGGUGAAAAUAUAUGUAUUCCUCUGUACAUUUGAGAGUUCUUUUUUUCUGUAUUUUACUGUUCCUUUAUGUGUAUUUGAUGCUUUUCUCUAUUAAAGUACCAGAUUAUGGAGCAUUUUGCACGUUAGCCUUGAUGAAAAGAAGGUCUGUUCAAAGCUUCCCUCACUUUUCUUAUUAAUUCAAGAAUAACAUGACACAGAGUUAAAAAUGGAAAAGAAAGGCUUUGUUUGAAGAGUUCUUUACAUUUUGAGCUGCCAUGUGUUUAUAAAGUUAGUGCUCUGCUGAUUACACUCUGUAGAAGCAGGGUAAUGGAGUGUGAACAUUGCGUUGACAUAUAAUGAGACAAUUCUGUAGAAGAAUGCCAGCCAGUUGGGUAGCCAUUCACGUGUCCUUAGUUUUGUACUGAGAAAGUGUAGAUAGUCUGGGAACCACAGUCCUGAUGCUACAUAUGUCUCCAAGUUUACAUUCUCACAGUAUUUACAACGACACGUUUGCAUUGGAAAUUUAACCCAAAGGGGUUUUGAUAGAAGGGAGAGACUUCCAAUACCAUUGUAACUAAGGUGUCAGUCAUUUUAGCUAUUUCUCUGUCCAUUUAGACAGAUUGGGGCCAGCUUGAUGCUUUUAUCUUGAGCCAACUAUGAAAACUUAAAGGCUUACUCAAUUUUUUACCAUUUUAUUGAAAAUGUUUGAAAUCUGUUUUUACAAUUUUUUGGGUAAUCUGUGCCAUAAGAUUUGAAAACCACCAAAAAUUAUACAAACUUUUAUAUCCAGUUCCUUUUCUGGGGUAACGUUAAGUUGUAUAGAUUACUAAUGCAUGUUUGCUGAAUAUAACUCUUUGUUUUGUGAUGUGAUUGCUUAGAUUUUAUUGGUGACAUUAGAUUAGUAGUUGUAUUAAAUAAUUAAAUUCUUGUGGUUAUUGAUUGAAAUUUUAUCAAAGCAGAAAGUUAUUUGUGACUAUACAUAUGUUUUUAUCUGUCUAUGGGAGUACAUAAACUUUGCAUCGUUUAGUUGAAGUUA